AUGCCAAAAUCCAGUUCGUGUUGUGAACCGGAACAAAAGCAAUCAAUCCCCACAAACGCAAACCCAAUUUCGGCCGGUGGUGCGGGGUUGGAUAUCCGAUUGGCCGGGAUGCGCAGUGCGCACGCGACUCUGCGCGGGUGCUCGUUCUCCCCGUAUAUGGUCACUCAACAUCCGCCUCUCCGAGAUUCGGUCAACAGGAACAAGCAACAACCAACCAACAACUCAACAAACCCAUACACAAAGAAAGCCUCAAGGAUGUCUCAAACUAACCUAUACAAGUCAAACAACCCACCCAACCUACCACAGGAUGAAUUCAACCAAACGCUGGUCAACUACCAGGGCAAACUGCGAUCAAUACGAAUCCAGGAUAUCAACAUCAAUGGCCAUACAAUCACCAUAGCCAGAAUCAAGAUCCCUUCACCCGAGAAACUGUCAUCUCAUCUCAUCAAACGAUUCGAUACUAAUGCCAUCUCGGCUAGCUCAUUCUUCAGAUCUGCCUUCCCUCAUUCGACCGAGGAAGAAGAAGCAAUCCAGAUGCGAUACCUCCACCAGAUCUAUGAUACUCAUACAGCAGGGGCGGUCGAAUUCGGAUCUGCACGCAAACUAACCGGAGUCUGGGUACCAAUUGAGAACGCAGCUGAACUAGCCGAGGUUUACGGUCUGACACGAUUUGCAGAACCUCUGCUAGCUUUCCCCAACCCGAAAGAGAAUCCCAGAUCACCAACAGGGACGAAGAUUGGCGGAGAGGACGAGAGUUCGACGACCCAGACGCCGAAAGCCAGCCAACAGAGCAAACUGACCGGCCAGAUCUCAGUCACUCGUUCCUCCAAGCGAUCCAGGGCCGGCCCCUUGAGCUUUGGAAACACCAGUCCUUCGAGCUUCAGUCUCAACAGUUUCAACAAACCUCCGACUGAGACUAACAAGUCGGGCACUCAUGAUGACUCCAAAUCGACAAACGACGAGAACGACGAGAAACCCGCGUCGCCCACCGACCGGGUCGCUGGUCGUGGAGCCAGGAACUCGCCCAGCAAGAAGCCAACCACUGUCGAUGAGAAUCAUGAGCAUACUGAACACGAGGAUCACCAGUUGAUUGGGACCGAUGAACUAGCUCAAAGAGCCAAACAAGAGGCACUCAAACUAGUCUCUGAGCUCAAAAACUCCCAACCCUGCACCCAAUCAUCGCUUGAAAGUCCUACGAAUACCUUGGAGACCGAGCUCACUAGGACGACCAGUCCAGCAAAGAGCAACAAGGUGACCCGAAAACGCAGCUCGGAUGAAGUCUCAUUUGAGGGAGAAGAACAAGGAGAAGACGAAGACGAAGAGAGAACUGCUGACGAAACUGCCACUCAUCGAAGCUUCUUGCCCAAGUUAUUGUGGAGAAAAUCGGCCGCUCAAGCCCAUCCGAACUCGAAGAAACACAAGAGGACCCAGCUCGGCGGCGGUGGUUCUUCCUCUUCUUCGAGCAAAUCGUUUGUCCCAUUGCUGACAAAUAGUGCCACUCCAUCAGUCGACGACUCUUCAUCGACUCACAAUCCUAACAAACGUAACCUAGCGAUUGCCGGCAUUGUGAUCGCCGGUGCCGCAGCGUAA